AUGCCACACUUUGGUCGCACGUCGGAGGAGGAUGGUGCGAGUAGCAGCUUGAUCGUGCACCGGACGGGUACCAGGACUCGUAAGCGCGAGAAUCGGAAGAAGAAGUGGCGCUUCCCGUUUGGCGGCCACCACUCGGCGACCGACUCGGAUGUGGAGAAGGACGCGCAGAAGCCGCUAUCGCCGGCGGGCCCGCCGCGUGGAGCUGGAGUGCUCUCGGCUCUCCUUUCACUGUACGAUGCGAGCGAUGCACAGUCGGGAACAGUCGGCACGCUCUCAGCACGGUCAUCAUUUGACGAGUCGCGACCGUCAUCGUUCUUUGCGGGGUCGCGGACAACGACGCGGGAGAGUGAGUUCGGGCGUAAGUCUAGGUCGCCAUCACGAGAGCGUGGACGUAGCACACCGCGAUGGGCGGGUUCGGCGAACGGAUCAUCGGUGUCGCUCGCGACCCUGUCCAACGUCCGUCUGCCGAGGCCGUGGGGCGAUUCACGGCCACCACAAGCGCGCAAUGGUGCGGGAGUGUUUGGCCCGCUCAUUGCGAGCACCGGUAAUAUCUCGGGCGUCGCUGCGCCUGCGAACAGUACGCUUGCGCCGAGCAUCAAGCGGCCGGGUUAUCAUCUCUCACGAUACUCGCUGGACGCGAAUUUGCCUUCCGCGGAGACGACGAAUGCAUCUGAAGCGAACGAGCUCGAACACAUUCUCCGCCGGCCGCGCAGUGCGCACUUCGAGUCGCCGACGACCUCGAUCGACACGGUGCCCGAACACCCGUCGCACUUGCGGACGUCGUCGUUCCCGAUGAAAUCUUAUGAGAAUGAGGGCUCGCCUCAGUCGGUCAGGUCGAGGACGAAUUGGACGGAAGUGUUGAAGGAACUGCCGAAGAGGACGUGGAGUCGCGCGAAUACGCCGAGCACGCCUGGGUCGCCGACGACGAGCGAGGAGGAGUGGCUUAUGAGAGAAAAGGAAAAGAUACGUGCGAAGGAUAAGGCGGAUAAGCAGCGGCGCGAACGGCGGAAGCGGAAAAAGGCUGAGAUCUACAUCACACGGCACGUUGCGGAGAUCGUGCAGCGCCAGGAGUUUAUUCUGAAGCUGGCGCGCGCGAUGAUGAUGUUUGGCGGGCCGACACACAGGCUGCAGGCGCAGAUCCAGGCAACCGGAAAGGUGCUCGACAUCCCGUUGAGCUGCAUGUACCUCCCCGACGUGAUGCUCAUCUCGUUUGACGACUCGGCGACGAGCACGAGCAACAUCAAGUUCAUCCGUCAGGGGAGCGCGCUCGACAUCGGCAAGCUGCAGGACGCGUAUGCGCUGUAUUGGAAGGUGAUCCACGACGAGAUCUCGGUCAAGGACGCGUCGGUCGCGCUGGAUGAUCUGAUGCGGAAGCCGCAGCUGUACAAGUUUUGGCAGCUGGUAUUGAUCGGAGGCUUCUGCUCGGCAUUCAUUUGUAGUGUCAGUUUCAACGGGUCGUUCAUUGACUCGUUGAUCUCGUUCCCGCUCGGAUGCCUCCUGAUCGUCAUACAGCUUCUUGUUGCGAAGAAUGAGCUGUACUCCAACGUCUUUGAGAUUACCGUCACUCUACUAUUCAGCUUCAUCGCCGCUGCUCUCGCUGACAGCCACAUCUUCUGCUAUACUGCUAUCGGUGCUGCGUCCAUCGUGCUAAUCCUCCCCGGUUUUAUCAUCCUCUGCGGUAGUCUGGAGCUGUCGUCACGCAAUCUCGUCUCUGGCGCUGUCCGGGUGUGCUUCUCCAUCAUCUACUCUCUCUUCCUUGGAUUUGGUCUCUCAAUUGGCGCAACGAUCUACUCAAAGAUGACACAUCAUACGCUCGCGGGUUCGGAUGACUUAACGUGUAAUCAGAGUCAUCCUGCAGGUGGGCCAUGGUACCAGAUUACGCCAUCCGAGUGGUGGGCGUUUUUGACAGUACCAAUGUACUCGUUAUUCUUGAGCCUUCGGAAUCAGGCGCCUUACAAUCGCAAAGAAACGUACAUUCUCGUGGCGAUCUCAUGCGUUGGUUGGGUGUGUAAUCAUUUCACCGGCACGAAGUUUCCCAACCAGAAUGAUAUUCCUGCUGCCGUGGGCGGCAUGGCGGUCGGCUUCCUCGCGAACUUGUAUGGCAAGUUCUUCAAUGGGAACGCGUUUGUCGUCAUGAUUACGGGUAUUCUCUUCCAGCUGCCUUCUGGGCUCGCCAACGGCGGGUUGUUCUCGUUUGUCACUGCGGAGACGAGCGGCUCGUCAUCUGAAACAUCGUACUUGUCCGGUUUCGACACCGCACUGCAGCUUGUUUCCGUAUCAAUCGGUCUUACUGUCGGUCUUGGCAUCUCCCUCGUCAUCGUGCAUCCCGUCCAAUCGCGCCGCAGAGCGGGCGGUGUGUUCUCUCUCUGA